ACUCUGAAAAACACAACACUUAAUUAUCAAGCUUUUUGAUACAAGUUUAUUUGGUCUUUUGGUCUAAGGAAGUUUCAAUCAUUUAUCAGUAGUUAGUCACAAGGUAUAUAUAAACCCCUCGCAACAUGUGAUUCUUUUAAAAGUUUGAAAAAAAUUUAUGAUAACAAUAAGCACAAAAUACCACAUGUUAUCAAAAAAAUAAUUAAAACUUAAUAUAAUAAUAAAGUUAAUUGUCACAUCACCUUAAGGAUGGAUAAUAAAUAUAAAAGUUAAUCAUGAAUCACACAUUACCCCGUUUGUUCUCAUCCUAGAUGCACCAAUCAGACUUGUAUGGCCAAGAUGGAAACCCAAGGAUUCCAGUAUAAGCUUUGGAACAGAGAUUUAGCCGCCUGUUUGAACAUGAUUUCAAUAAUUCUAAAUUUAAGAAACACUGGUCAAAUCCCAGAACGAUUUGCACGUCAUGUCCACUCAAAAAGACGUCCUCGAAUGGGUGAAUAACUAUCCAUGCCAGUUAUCGCUGGUGUUACCCGUAAUACACUUUUUGGUAAGGCUUUUUAUUAUUGCUUGCUAGAUAACUAACUGUAUUUGUUCUUUUAUAUUUUAUUUCUGUUAAUAUAUUUCUCUACCUCUCAACCCUUUCCAUUGAACGAAUAAUUUCUGAAUAAAGUGUAAGGCAAUAAGAGGAAAUGUGUUUUUUUCUUAUUUUUUUGCUAUUAAAGUG